AUGUAUGUGAAAGAAGUAUCGUCAGAAAGAAGAACAUUUUGGGAAAUAGCCGAGCGAUCUAACCAGUCUGGAAUGAUUCGGGGUAUCUCGGAAAUGGUAAACCUAUUAGCACCCAAAUCACUGGUGAUUUUAGUGCAAAAUGAGACCAAAAUCGAUCGACUGGACAAGUUAACCGUUAUGAUUCACCAACAUAACAUUCCCACCUGCGUCUACUACGAUCCAGGGCAGUACUUUGACUUUUUAGAGGACAACCUAAAGCAAUCGCUUGAAAUCACGUCGCUUUUGUUUUGCCAUCCAGAAGAAAUGGUCCACGAUAUUUUCCAUCGGCAGCUGGCACAUAGACUAAGUUUGUUCAUAUUCUACUGGGGAGCGACACAGUUGUCCUGACGGCUGGACAGUGGCCUGCUGAAGGAACCAUUCCGCAUUGCGGUCAUUACUAAUCCACGCAAAAAUAUUUUCCGCAUAUUCUACAACCAAGCAAAGCCCGAUAACAGGGGUGAGAUGUUGAGCACUAACUGGUAUGAUGGAAAUGAUAAGACAUUCAAACGCGUGCCUUUGCUGCCGACUCCGGCGGAAGUUUACAAAAACUUCCAGGGACGUAUUUUUACCAUUCCUGUAAUUCACAAACCGCCGUGGCAUUUCGUUCUCUACGGAAACGACAGUAGCCCCCGGGGUGGUUCCACUAACAUUUCAGGCAUCGACGUUGGCUACGAAAUGGAACUCGACCGCAAUGUUGAUAAUGAAGACGCAUACUUCACGGUUAAAGGUGGCCGCGAUCAUAACUUGAUGCAGCUCAUAGCCGAACGAAUGAAUUUCACCUUCCAGUACGUGGAGCCACCGGAAAAAAUACAAGGAAUAGCCCUCAGCACGGAAGACAACACAAGCUUCUCUGGCGCACUCGGCAUGCUGCAGCGCAGGGAAGUGGAACUGUACCUUGGUGAUGUGGCCGUAACUUGGGAGCGUAUGAAGGCGGCUGAAUUUUCCUUUUUUACGUUGGCUGACUCGGCAGCUUUUGUAACGCACGCGCCACGCAAGCUGAAUGAAGCCUUGGCACUGGUUCGCCCAUUUCAAGUGACUGUUUGGCCACCAUUGAUCAUUACGAUUAUAAUUUCGGGGCCAAUAUUAUUUUUGAUCAUUUCCACACCGUUUCGUUGGAACAAACGGUCGCUUCGUAGCCGAAACCGGCCAUUUUAUCGGUCGACAAAUUUUUUUCAACGGAAGCCGGCUUUAUAUAAUGCACGCUACAUACAAGAAAUAAGCUAUGGUAACAUACCGGAACAGCAGUCGCGACUAAUACGUAGCUUGCCAACAUAUCCAUCUAUAGAUCGUUGUAUUUGGUAUACUAUAAAUGUUUACCUGAGGCAGUCGGCCAACAUACCUUACGACGGACAUCUUGCGCGAUUCUUCUCGAUCCUGCUGUGGCUUUGUGCCACAUAUGUUCUGGGAGACGUCUACUCCGCCCAGCUAACGUCGCAACUUGCGCGACCAGCCAGGGAAAGUCCAAUCAACACUCUCGGCCGUUUGGAGCAGCGGAUGAUAAACGAAAACUAUCAGCUGUUAGUCGAAAGGCAAAGUGCGUUCCACGCAGCGCUCGUCAAUUCUACGGGAGUGUUGCAGCGACUUUAUCACCUGACUCGGCAACGAUUCGCCAACGGUUCGUUUCUGGUGCGCUCCGUCGAAGAGGGAAUUCACAUGCUACAGAAUGAUCCCAAAUUUGCGGUAUUUGGUGGUCGUGAAACACUGUACUUUAACACCAAACGCUACGGAGCCAAUCGCUUUCAGUUGAGCGAGAAUCUGUAUACCCGUUACUCCGCACUUGCAGUGCAAAUCGGUUGUCCUUUUUUGGACAGCCUGAACGUUGUCAUUAUGAGACUGUUUGAGGCUGGUAUUAUAGAAAAAAUUACCAUCGCGGAAUACGAGCGUAUGUUCGGCCAACACAACGGUAUUGUUUCAUACUCGGAGGAAUCAGCUCGUUCAACCAAAUCCACCAACUCUGAGUGCAGCACAGAUGGCUCUGGCGGAAAGAAAAAGGCAGAUGCAAAUGAAAAACUGCAACCGAUGAAUUUACGCAUGCUGCAGGGUGCCUUUCUCGUGCUGGCCUGUGGACAUUCGCUCGGUGCAAUAUGCCUGUUCGUGGAAAGACAAGAUGAUGUGAUACGUUGCUGUAUAAGUAGCCUGCGACUCGUGUGGGGUCGUAGUAAACGUAUACUUACGAAUCUAUGUAACGUCGCUCUGCAUCGUCCAACGGAUCACUAA